AUGUCGCGGAGGAGACACGACGAAGAUGACGACGAGAUUGAGGAUGAAGAGUACGAGGACCAGGACGAUCAGCUGAUUGACGAUGAAGAGUACGACGACGAAAUGGAGAAACGGGGAAGCUCGAGCAACAGGAAGCGGUCCCGAUCGAGUUUCAUCGAUGAUGCGGCGGAGGAGGACGAGGAUGAGGAGGAGGAAGACGACGAUGAAGACUAUGGAGGUGGUGGUGGUGGGAGCAAGAAGCGGAAGACUGCUAGAAAGGGCGCUUCUUUCUUUGAUCUGGAGGCACAAGUGGAUAGCGACGAAGACGAAGACGAUGAAGACGGCGGAGAAGAUGACUUCAUUGUUGAUGGUGGAGCUGAUUUACCUGAGGAGGAUGAUGGUAGACGGGUACACCGUCGGCCAUUGCUCUCUCGGGAAGAUGAUGGUGAAGAUGUGGAUGAAAUUUACAGAAGAAUUCAGGAAAGAUAUUCAAGAACAUCUCAGGGUGAAUUUGAUGAAGAGACUACGGAUGUAGAACAACAGGCUCUCUUGCCAUCUGUACGAGAUACAAAGUUUUGGAUGGUGAAAUGUGCGAUUGGGCGUGAGCGAGAGACAGCAGUGUGCCUUAUGCAGAAGUGCAUUGAUCGAGGUCCCGAGAUGCAAAUUACAUCUGUUGUUGCCCUUGAUCAUCUCAAGAAUUAUAUAUAUAUUGAAGCCCACAAAGAAUCCCAUGUCAGGGAGGCAUGCAAAGGUCUUCGGAAUAUAUUUGUUUCUUCGAAACCUAUGCUUGUUCCAAUCAAAGAAAUGACGGAUGUCCUUUCUGUUGAAAGCAAAGCAAUUGACCUUGCAAGGGAUACUUGGGUCAGAAUGAAGAUAGGAAAUUACAAAGGGGACUUAGCCAAAGUAGUUGAUGUGGAUAAUGUGAAGCAGAGAGUCACAGUGAAGUUAAUUCCCAGAAUUGACUUGCAGGCUCUUGCAAGUAAACUGGAGGGGCGAGCAGUCACAGAAAAGAAGGGAAUUAAGCCUGCUCCUCGCUUUAUGAAUUAUGAUGAAGCUAGGGAACUUAACAUUCGUGUAGAGCGGAGAAGAGAUCCAAUGACAGGUGACUACUUCGAGAGUAUUGAGGGCAUGUUGUUCAAAGAUGGUUUCUUGUACAAAACUGUGUCAAUGAAAUCCAUUACUGCUGCGAACAUUAAACCAAGUUUUGAUGAACUUGAGAAGUUCCGUAAACCUGGAGAACAUGGCGAUGAUGAUAUGGCCAGCUUGUCAACUUUAUUUGCAAACCGGAAGAAAGGACACUUUUUGAAGGGCGAUGCAGUUAUCAUUGUCAAAGGAGAUUUAAAGAACCUCAAAGGAUGGGUGGAGAAAGUUGAGGAAGAUAGUGUACAUAUCAGACCGGAGGAGAAGGGCCUUCCUAAAACACUUACAGUACACGAGAAAGAGCUCUGCAAGUAUUUUGAACCUGGUAAUCAUGUUAAGGUUGUGUCUGGCACUCAAGCAGGUGCAACUGGCAUGGUUGUCAAGGUUGAGCAACAUGUGCUCAUUAUUCUGUCAGAUACAACCAAGGAGCAUAUGCGUGUAUUUGCUGAUGAUGUUGUUGAAAGCUCAGAAGUGACUACUGGUGUUACCAAAAUCGGAGACUAUGAGCUUCAUGAUCUUGUUUUGCUGGAUAAUAUGAGUUUUGGUGUCAUAAUACGUGUGGAAAGUGAAGCCUUUCAGGUUCUCAAAGGAGUUCCCGAGAGAUCAGAAGUGUCACUUGUAAGAUUGAGAGAGAUCAAAAGCAAGAUAGAAAGGAAGUCGAAUGUACAAGAUAGGUAUGGAAGUACAAUAUCAGUAAAAGAUGUUGUUAAAGUCCUUGAUGGUUCUUGCAAGGGGAAGCAGGGUCCCGUUGAGCACAUAUACAGGGGAAUAUUGUUCAUCCAUGAUCGUCACCACCUUGAACAUGCGGGAUUCAUUUGUGUUAAAUCCCAAGCUUGCGGUCUUGUUGGAGGAUCACGUUCCAAUGGUGAUAGAAAUGGGAAUGCAUACUCAAGAUUUGGUAAUCUUAAAAACACUCCUCGGAUACCCCCUUCACCUCGGAGAUUUGAAAGAGGAGGCCCUUGUUUUGAGUUUGGUGGAAGGGGUAGAGGAGGUAGGGGAGGGCAUGAUGCCUUGAUAGGUACGACAAUCAAGAUACGGCAGGGACCUUUCAAGGGCUACCGUGGACGUGUGAAAGACAUUAAAGUUGAUCGCAGUUGUAUUUCUGACAACGUGGUUGUGGUUUCCACCCCAUACCGUGAUUCAAGUCGAUAUGGCAUGGGAAGUGAAACCCCAAUGCAUCCCUCUCGAACUCCAUUACAUCCUUACAUGACGCCUAUGAGAGACUCUGGUGCCACACCCAUUCACGAUGGCAUGAGAACACCUAUGCGUGACCGAGCAUGGAAUCCUUAUGCACCAAUGAGUCCUCCGAGGGAUAACUGGGAAGAUGGAAAUCCUGGAUCUUGGGGUACUAGUCCCCAGUAUCAGCGAGGAAGCACCCCUUCUAGAACUUACGAAGCGCCUACCCCUGGUGGCAAUUAUAGUGAUACUGGAACGCCAAGAGACAGUAGUUCUGCUUAUGGUUUGUUGUUUGUCUUCUCAGUUGCAAUUCCUUCAGUUUGAGCGAUGUGGUGGAUAACAUACUUUGUGGUAUAUUCGUUUUGUAGCGAAUGCUCCUAGCCCAUACAUGCCUUCGACUCCUGGGCAGCCUAUGACACCUGGUUCAACAGCCUAUCUUCCUGGAACUCCUGGGGGCCAGCCAAUGACACCCGGCACUGGUGGUUUGGAUGCCAUGUCUCCUGUUUUAGGUUUGAUAUUCAGCUUACCCUGUCAAUUUUACCAAUGCUUAUUGAGUGUAACUAGUGGUGGCAGAUGAGGUGGGUUGGAAGGUUAUAAUGGGUUCGCUAGUUUAUGGGGUUGGGAUUAAAUGGGUUUGUGAGUUCAUGCGUGGUUGGUGAUAAGGCCACACUUCAAUCUGACUUGCUCUGAAGAGGAUAUUUAAGACAUUUGUCAGGUCUAAUGGCUGUUGGGCAAAGUUUAUGACGUUUUGGUACUGAACUGUAAAGAGUUAGUGGGUGGUGAUUAGUUUGUCAUUUUACGAUGUUCCUGCUGGAUACAAUUGCUUUGUGGUGGCAUGUUUUGGCUGAGUUUGUUGUCGUCUGAUGAUGACCUGCAGACAACGAAGGAGGGAGUUUGAUGCCAGAGAUAUUGGUGAAUGUACAUAUAGGUGAUGAAUCUCUAGUGGGUGUUGUCCGAGAGGUGCAUCCGGAUGGAAUGUGCAAGAUAGGGUUGGUAGGGAAUGGCGAGAUGGUGACAGCGAUGGCAAGCGACGUGGAGAUUGUGGGGCCAAGGAAAUCGGACAAGGUGAAGAUAAUGGGGGGAGCCCAUCGAGGGUCGACCGGGAAGUUGAUCGGGGUGGAUGGUACGGACGGAAUUGUAAAGUUAGAUGACACUCUUGACGUGGUGAUCCUAGACAUGGUUAUACUAGCUAAAUUAGCUUGAGUAGUCAACGUUAGUAGAGCAGGUCUUUUUUGUUCCACCUUAUUUAGUGCUUUUUAGAUGUUUUGUUUUAAAAUCAGGUCAAAGAAAAGAUUUGUUUCAAAACUUGUCGAAUUCAUCUUCCAAUGUUUGGUGAAUAAAACCUCUUGAAAGGCAUUGCUGUAGUCAUUUGGAUCUGCAAUCCGAGUAGUUCUGAAUCUACCUGGGCUAGUCGGAAGAAUCUUCAUGGAUUCACAUAUUAGGGUUUCUUUUUGGACGUAAAACCUGUUACUUUCAUCGACCAAAGGUCCUAACUCCUUACGCUCAAGAGAGCCAUCAGUCACCUAAUGUGGGUACGAG